AUGUGGCUCCAAGUCUCUCUCCUGUGUCUGUCCUGCUUGAUCCUGUCAAGCCAGAGCCAGGCCACAGACCGAGCCUCCCUCCGCCGCUCCAAUGACUCUGCUGGACGCUGCCACUACACCUUCACCGUGGCCAGCCCACAGGAGUCCAGCUGCCCUGGAGGCAGCGUGAAACCAGAGAUGGAUGGAGUCAUGUCGCGGGUCAUCUUGCUGGAGGCUUUGGUCAGCCAGAUCCUGGCAGGAGCAGACGGAGGCACGAGGACCAGGGUCGAGUCUAACAUGGAAGAGGGUCUCCAGGAAGCUUAUGCCCAGGUCACCAGGGAAAGAAACCAGCUGCAGCAGGACAAGGAGCGUCUGAACAAGCAGCUCCAGGAGCUGCAGAGGAGAGUGGGCGAGCUGAGCCAGGAGGCAGAGAGCCUCAGGCAGAAGCCCUGCCAGGAGACUCACACCUCAGGGGGGGCUCAGCAUGACAGCAGACCUGUCAGUGACCCUGCGUUUGACUUUAAGAAUGGGGCGUACCAGGAGAUGAAGGCUGAGGUGACAAAGGUUCAAGCAUCCCACCUUAAUCCUGAUGGAAAUCAAACCAUCACAGACUGUGGAGAGCUGCUGUCAGUGGGAGAUCCUGUGCUGCACAGGAAGGCUGACAGUAUCACAGGCAAAUAUGGGGUGUGGCUGCAGGACCCAGAGCCUCAGGGCCCUCAUUACACCAACGAGACUGUGUGGCGCAUUGACGCAGUUGGCAAAGAUGUCCGUCAGCUCUUUGCAUUUGAAGACAUGGAUCAGUUCUCCCGAGGCUUCCCCAUGAAGGUCUUGGUCCUGCCGGAGCCCGUGGAGAGCACGGGGGCGACCAUCUACCGCGGCUCCCUCUACUACCAGCGCAAACGAAGCCGUUCCCUGAUCCGCUACAACCUGACCUCUGAGAGCCUGGCGUCACGUCGGGAGCUACCUCACGCCGGCUUCCACGGCCAGUUCCCUUACUCCUGGGGAGGCUACACAGACAUUGACCUUGCGGUGGACGAACAAGGCUUGUGGGCCAUCUACAGCACAAGCAAGGCAAAAGGCGCCGUUGUGAUUGCCCAGCUGGACCCAGAGAGCCUGGCCGUGAAGAAGACCUGGGAGACCAACAUCAGGAAGAACACAGUGGCCAACGCCUUCAUGGUGUGUGGACGCCUGUACACGGUGGCCAGCUACACUGCACCCAACACCACCAUCAACUACGUGUUUGACACGGCCACUGGCACCCGGCGGGAAGUCGCUGUGCCGUUCAAGAACAGGUACCGUUACACCAGCAUGCUGGACUAUAACCACGACCAGAGGAAGCUGUACGCAUGGGACAACUUCCACAUGGUCACCUAUGAAAUCAGAGUGGGCAGAGCCAAUCAGGGCAGCAGCUAG